CUCCCUGGAGAUUAGGGCUCGCCAUGCGUGCCCCCUCACUUCAUUCCAUUCCAAAGUGUGCCCCCUAAGAGCUGCUGCAUUUUUAUCUGAGCCCGGUGAUUGUGACAGAUUGGCCAAAUGACACACAUACACAGACACACGUUUGCGGACACAAAAUGAGGCACAAACAAAGGGGAGGCAGCUCAGCCCAGGGAGGGACCGCCGGCCUGCGGCUAUAAAGCCCUCCCAGGACGAGGCCAGAGUCCUGCCCCGAUCUGGACGGUACCUUUCCUCCUUUCUUUCACUGUCGGGACAGGCAGCAGACCAAGCCUCCAACAUGAACGACAUCUACAAGGCGGCGGUUGAGCAGCUGACAGAUGAACAGAAAAAUGAGUUCAAAGCCGCCUUCGACAUCUUCGUGCAAGAUGCAGAAGACGGCUGCAUCAGCACCAAGGAGCUGGGGAAGGUGAUGAGGAUGCUGGGUCAGAACCCCACACCAGAGGAGCUGCAGGAGAUGAUCGAUGAGGUGGAUGAAGACGGGAGCGGCACGGUGGACUUCGACGAGUUCCUGGUCAUGAUGGUGAGAUGCAUGAAGGAUGACAGCAAAGGCAAGUCAGAAGAGGAGCUGGCAGAGCUGUUCCGAAUGUUUGACAAAAACGCAGACGGUUACAUUGACUUGGACGAGCUGAAAAUGAUGCUGGAAUCUACAGGAGAGGCAAUCACCGAGGAUGACAUUGAGGAACUGAUGAAAGACGGGGACAAGAACAAUGACGGCAAAAUUGACUAUGAUGAAUUCUUGGAGUUCAUGAAGGGAGUGGAGUAAUCCCGAACAAGAGAAGAUCCAGAGUGUUAUUUUUGUAUUUCUCUGAAGCUCCACGGCCAUCUGGAAGACCACAAACCGAAUUAGACAAUCCGAUGGAAAGAACCUGACAACUUUGCAAGAUUUAAUCAAAUCCUUCGUCUGAAUAUUCCUGUGUUUUUCUGUCAUCUCUUGCAUUGUUGUAAAUACAGUUUGUGAAAACGUUUGGUGCCCACCGAUGCUGAAUUUGUGUAAAUGUAUCAAAUUUACUUCUAUUUUAUAUAGAGGACAAAUAGUAUCCCACUCUUUGUUGGUUUCUGACUGAAUCUUAUCUCUGAAGUGCCACAGCCAGUUUACAAAUCCUCUUACUGAGAGACUGAUAUUGUUUACCUGGGCAGGAAGUCUUUGUGUGCACGAGGUAGAACAUAUUUCUGAGUCAACAUAGUUUUACACCGAUUUCUGCUAGACUAAUCAUACUUUUGGGGCGAUGUGCUGUCUGAAUUUGUAUUGAUGUGCACUCUGUGUGCGUUUUCUGUUCCGUCUAAAGUUUCCUCAGGACUUUUUAUUCCCCUGGCGUGUCCCUGGAAUGUCUGCAUGUCUCUGCAGGAACGGUCUGCUCGGAAUGUGAGUUCAAGCAAUAAACAAGAUGCAUUUGUCAGAGCAGUCGUUUCAUCCGCCU